AUGUCCGGCUUGAUUCUUCAACGACAUUUCAGUCGACAUGUCCAAACGACGAUCAUCAUUGGUUCUAUGAUCAUGAAUGUUCGCGAUUUGUGGAUUGAUUAUUCUAUUUCAGAACGAUGUCUGAGUGAUAUUUGUCAGCUGAAUCAAGUUACUUCACUAUUUCUUUUCACCACUAGUGGUAUUCAUGCUGACAUCGAACUCCAAGAUCUGAUCAAUCGAAUGCCUAACCUUGUUUCACUCGGUUUUCAUCGAUUUUCAAUCGCUGAUACGCAACAACCGAUUUUUCGAUUGGCGCACGCGAAAGUUCGCGAACUAGAUCUACGAUUUAUUUCGAAUUUCUUAAUUGCUGACCAAUGUGCAGCUCUAUACCGUUCACCCCUAGGUCAACAGUGUGAAGUUCUAUACGUACGAAUAGAGAAGAAAUCUGUCGUACCUGAAUUAAUUCAUAAUAUGGCCAAUCUUCGCGUUUUGACUAUUCUACUCGAAGUUAAUAUCUCUACGGGAACAUAUGGUGAUGUGAUUAUUCAAUGGCUAAGAGAACAUCUACCACCAACAUGUUUAAUCAACAGAGAUCCCCAGUUCACAGCGGAAAUCCAUAUUUGGAUUUAA